UUUGUCACUAUCCAGUUUACAAAAUGUCAGAAUCGUAGUUCCUCAAAAACUUCCAUUUUAAUUAAAUUUAACCGUUUAAACAUUUAAAUUUUUUUAAAUUUGCUGUUGAGUUUCAUCAAAAAUGGCGCCCCAUCCAAGAGGGAUAGAUCCAAAACUCCAGAAUGGCUGGAUAUAUUCUAUCCAGAGAGAAGAUAAAUUGAGACUGAGAUGGUUUCGUAAACACGAGGAGAGAUUGAACGAAAUAGCCAACAAGAGUUGCUCAAGGAUGGUUCGGGAUGAGGACAAAGAGAAAUUUGCUGAAGGAAUGAUAGAUACCUUUCGAAACGCUCAAAGGUGUCCUAGGAAGAAAAUCGACGAGUUGGAACCUAAAGAGCCAAGCGCAUUGCAUGACUACAUGAGACCUGUGGAUCCAGAUCUGAAGAAACUGCUAUACGGCAAAGACAAAGAUAGUCGUGAAAGAUACCUCCGCGAAAGAGCUCACAUAAUACCCGAGAAACGAUACUACCUUCCUGAAUGUAGCAGUUGGAUUUAUGGGUGGAAUAUGUGGGAUACAGUAAAAACCAUGGCGAAGUAUCCUUUCGCAAGAGAAGAAAUCAUAAAGAAUUCGUUUUAUAGAAGAAGAGGGGUUCAAAGAGAUCCCGAUUGGUAUCGGGAACCUGCAGUGUAUAGUCCAACGAUCUGCAUGGAAAACUAACCUCUAAAAUUAUCGUGUUAAAUUCAGAAAUGUGUAAUUUUUAUAUAAGUAGUCAUAGAAAAUUAAAAUUUAAAGUUUUGCAAAUACGAAUCAAUUUAAACAUUA